AUGUCCAUAAUUCUGGUCACUGGCGGCUCUGGCUUUGUGGCGUCUCACUUGAUCUUGAAGCUACUGAAAGAUGGGCACACCGUCCGAGCCACCCUCCGAAGCCUUUCCAAAGAGCAACACGUCAGGUCAGCCCUACAAAAAGCCGGCGCGAUCAACCUCGACCGCCUAUCAUUUCAUGCAGCCGACCUCACCGAGGAUAAAGGCUGGGCAGAAGCCAUUCAAGGCUGUUCAUUUGUUCAUCAUGUUGCGUCGCCGUUUCCAGGACACGCAGUCAAAGACGAAAAUGAGCUGAUUGGACCGGCAAGAGAGGGGACUCUGCGUGUCCUCAGAGCGGCUCGAGACGCUCACGUUAAGCGAGUGAUUUUCACAUCGUCGUUUGCUGCUAUCGGAUAUGGCUACAAGGAUCGACAAGAACCUUUCACUGAGGCCGACUGGUCUGUCCUGGAGGGCCUGCCGCCAUAUCACAAAAGCAAGGCUCUAGCAGAAAAGGCUGCCUGGAAGUUCAUCGAAGCUGAAGGGGGCAACCUGGAACUCUGCGUCAUCAACCCAGUCGGCAUAUUUGGCCCCCUUAUCAGCAAUGAAAUGUCAGCCUCGGUCGACCUCAUCAAGAAACUCAUGGACGGAAGCAUAGCAAGAUGUCCAAAGACGUACUUCAACAUAGUGGACGUGCGUGACUUGGCGGACCUUCAUAUCCGGUGUAUGCUCGACCCUGCGGCAAAGAAUGAACGAUUCAUUGCCAGCUGCGAUGGAAAGCCUUUGGCACUCAUUGAUGUUGCUCGUAUCAUCUCUCAAGGGCGACCUGACAAAGCGAAAAGGGUUCCAACUGCUGAAUUGCCGACAUGGGUUGUCAAGCUGGCGGCUAUAUUUAGCCCUGCAGCUCGAGAUAUGGUGCCGCUUCUUGAUAUCAUUCGGCCGAUCAACAAUGACAAGGCGAAGACAGUGCUUGGCUGGGUACCGAGAACGGCUCGUGAUACUAUCCUCGAUACUGUUGAUAGUUUGAUGGAACAUGGUAUCGCUUAG